GUUACUUUUCACCUUAACCGGUAGUGUUUGAAAGUAAAGAAUUUGUAUUGGAGUAAAAUGGCUUUAAAGAAUAUUCACAUAAGUGGAAAGCUAGUGCAAUUCCUAACAACGAUUAGUGCUAAUAUUGGUGGAAUAGUUUAUGGACUUGUGGUAGAAUGGCCAUCGGCAACAAUGCCAAUCCUAUCGUCGACAGAUUCACCCCUUCCAUCAGGUCCAUUGACUAAAAAUGAAGUAUCCUGGAUAAUCUCCAUAAUGUCACUGGGAGGACUACUGGGAACCUUAGCUUUUGGCUGGAUGGCUAAUCGUUUUGGACGAAAGUGGCCUUUUGUAGCUGGAAUGAUACCACAAGCUAUUUCUUUCGUUCUUAUAGAAUGUGCUCAGGAUACAACGUUUCUCUACAUAGCACGCUUCCUUUCUGGAAUAUCUGGAGGAGCUCUCUUUGUUUUAGGUCCUAUUUACAUAAAUGAAAUUGCAGAAAACAGUAUUCGUGGAAUGUUGGGCUCCGUGCUGGGAAUCUUUUACAAUGUCGGAGUUAUCAUUGCGUAUGUCAUCUGUGCAUACAUACCAUUCUACUCCGUCCCAUAUGUAGCCUUAGGCAUUUUUGCCUUCUUCUCGAUAUACCUCCUCUUCCCAGAAUCUCCGCAAUAUCUUUUGCUGAAACAAAAGGAUGCAAAAGCAGAGAAAUCUCUAAAAUUCUUCCGAGGCAAUUCCCGGGGUGAUCAAGUAAAGUUAGAAUUUGAGUCCCUCAAAUCUUCCAUUGCUGCAGUCAGUACAAAAAGCGAUAUAACUCUACAGGAUUUUAAACCAACAACAACGAGAAAAGCUCUAUUUGUAUCGUACAUAAUUCUCUGUGGCAGAAAUAUGUCAGGAGUCUUUCCACUCAUGAAUUACACGGUGGAUAUCUUUGAGCAGGCUCAAACCGGAAUCGAUCCAAACAUUUCAGCUAUUAUUGUGGCUGUUAUCCAGCUAGCAGGAAAUAUUGUUUCUGCCUACUAUACCGACAAAACUGGAAGAAGAAUUCUCUUGAUUUCUUCUCUCGUGGGUGUAGGACUCUGCCUCACUACUAUUGGAAUUUACUUCCUGCUGAAUGAGUACAGUUACGAUUUGAGUGCUGUAUCCUGGCUACCUCUUGUUACGCUCUCUGGAACAGUAUUUUUGGGUGCUUCAGUACAAACUAUUCCUAUCUACGUUCUAUCGGAGCUUCUGUCGGCUAAAAUCAGAAGCUCAGUAGCUACAGUAUUUAUUGCAACAACCUGGCCCAUUCAUUUUCUCAUUCUACAGUAUUACACCCCAUUGGCUGAUCUCAUAGGCGUUUAUGGUUGUAUGUGGAUCUUUGGUGGAUGGUGUUUCUUCGAAGCGAUAUUUGCUUACAUUUUGCUGCCUGAGACAAAAGGAAAGAGUCCUGAAGAAAUUGUUCUGGCCCUCGAAGGGAAAAUUAAGUAAAAGGCUAAGAAAAUGUAACUUAAAUUUACCAAAAAAAAAACAGACUGUCGAUAUUUAAUUCGAAUACAAAAUAUGUGGCAUUAAUUUACAUGUAUAAAACAUUA